UGCUCGAGAAAAAUCUUCCUAGCGCGAACGUGCUGCUUGUGACCAACCGGUGUGUCUUUCAUUAUAAACAACAGGAUAGUUGUCAUUUCACGAGAGAAAGUUCGGAAAAUCUUAAACGGCUCUUGUACGGGAUCACACAAGGCACCAAAACAACGGACGAUAUAUCCGGAUUGAGGAAGAAAUUCGACAAAAAUGUCCGAAAGCGCAAACUGCGAGGAACAGCGGGAAGAGCAGACUGAACUUGAAGAAGCCGGAGGAGCGGAGGAGAAGUCUGAUUCUUCAGAUGCUGGAAAAGAGUCAUCUUCAGAUGCCGGGCCUGAUGGACAAGAUGCAUCCCCCUCCUCAUCCAGAAAUAAAGAUUCUAAUCCGGGGUAUGAAGAGAAAGUGCAAACAGACCGGACCAACAGAUUUGAAUACCUGUUGAAGCAAACAGAGUUGUUUGCUCAUUUCAUCCAACCAGCCGCACAGAAGACCCCCACCUCGCCCCUGAAGAUGAAGCCAGGACGCCCUCGCAUUAAGAAAGAUGAGAAACAGAACCUGCUUUCUGCGGGAGACAAUCGCCAUCGGCGCACAGAGCAAGAGGAGGAUGAAGAGCUUCUGAGCGAGAGCACGAAGACUACCAAUGUCUGCACUCGCUUCGAUGAUUCUCCUUCCUACGUCAAAACGGGAAAAAUGAGAGACUAUCAGGUCCGCGGUCUGAACUGGCUCAUCUCCUUAUAUGAGAACGGCAUCAACGGCAUACUCGCUGAUGAAAUGGGUUUGGGGAAGACUUUACAGACGAUUUCCCUGCUGGGUUACAUGAAGCACUACAGAAACAUCCCUGGUCCCCACAUGGUGCUGGUGCCCAAGUCCACCCUCUACAACUGGAUGAAUGAGUUCAAGAGAUGGGUGCCUUCACUCCGUGCAGUCUGCCUGAUCGGAGACAGAGAUCAGAGGACUGCCCUGAUCAGAGAUGUGCUGCUGCCUGGAGAAUGGGAUGUGUGUGUCACAUCCUACGAGAUGCUCAUCAUUGAAAAGGCAGUGUUCAAGAAGUUCAACUGGAGAUACCUGGUUAUUGACGAAGCCCACAGGAUCAAGAAUGAGAAAUCAAAGCUGUCAGAAAUUGUGCGAGAAUUUAAGACCACCAAUCGUUUGUUGCUGACUGGAACACCCCUGCAAAACAACCUUCAUGAGCUGUGGGCUCUGCUGAACUUCCUGCUGCCAGACGUCUUUAACUCAGCAGACGACUUUGAUUCCUGGUUUGACACAAACAACUGCUUGGGUGAUCAGAAGUUGGUCGAACGUCUUCACACCGUUCUGCGUCCUUUCUUGCUCCGUCGUAUAAAAGCUGACGUAGAGAAGACUCUGCUCCCGAAAAAAGAGAUCAAGAUGUACGUGGGCCUGAGUAAGAUGCAGCGAGAGUGGUACACAAAGAUUCUGAUGAAGGACAUUGACAUUCUGAACUCGGCGGGGAAGAUGGACAAGAUGCGUCUGCUGAACGUCCUCAUGCAGCUGAGGAAAUGCUGCAACCACCCGUACCUGUUCGACGGGGCCGAACCUGGCCCCCCCUACACAACUGACCUCCACCUGGUGGUGAACAGCGGCAAGAUGGUGGUGCUGGACAAGCUGCUACCCAAGAUGAAGGAGCAAGGUUCUCGUGUGCUCAUCUUCAGUCAGAUGACCAGGAUGCUGGACAUCUUGGAGGACUACUGCAUGUGGAGGAACUAUGGCUACUGUCGCCUGGAUGGCCAGACUCCGCACGAGGAGAGACAGAUCUCGAUCAACGCAUACAAUGAGCCCAACAGCUCCAAGUUCAUCUUCAUGUUGAGCACCAGAGCUGGAGGACUGGGUAUCAACCUGGCUACAGCGGAUGUAGUCAUCCUGUACGACUCUGACUGGAACCCUCAAGUCGACCUUCAGGCCAUGGACCGAGCUCACAGAAUUGGUCAGCAGAAGCAGGUACGUGUCUUUCGCUUCAUCACUGAAAACACAGUGGAGGAGAGGAUUGUGGAGAGGGCCGAGAUGAAACUACGCCUGGAUUCCAUUGUCAUCCAGCAAGGAAGACUCGUGGAUCCGAGCGCAAACAAGCUGGGUAAGGAUGAGAUGCUGUCCAUCAUCCGCCACGGUGCCACACAUGUGUUUGCCUCCAAAGAGAGCGAAAUCACAGACGAUGACAUUGAUGCGAUCCUGGAGAGAGGUGAAAGGAAGACUAUGGAGAUGAAGGAGAAGCUGUCUUCACUGGGUGAGAGCACUCUGAGAAACUUCACCAUGGACACAGAGAACAGCAGCGUGUACACAUUUGAAGGAGAAGAUUAUAGAGAGAAGAAGAAGGUAAAAAGACUUCAGUGUUCAGUCGUUAACAUGAACAACAUGAACCUUUUGAGUCUUUACCCUGUUUCGCCUUUUUGCUUCUUCAUUCAGGUCAUUACCAACUGGAUCGAGCCACCCAAGAGAGAAAGGAAAGCCAAUUAUGCCGUGGAUGCCUAUUUCAGAGAAGCUCUGCGAGUCAGUGAGCCCAAAGCACCCAAGGCUCCCCGUCCUCCCAAGCAGCCAAAUGUCCAGGACUUCCAGUUCUUCCCUCCACGUCUAUUCGAGCUUCUAGAAAAGGAAAUUCUGUUCUACAGAAAGACCAUUGGCUACAAGGUUCCCCGUAAUCCAGACAUGCCAAAUUCGGCCCAGCUCCAGAAAGAAGAGCAGGCUAAGAUUGAUGAGGCUGAGGCUCUCACAGAGGAGGAACUGGAGGAGAAGGAGAACCUGCUACAGCAGGGAUUUACUAUUUGGAACAAACGUGACUUUAAUCAGUUCAUCAAAGCCAACGAGAAGUGGGGAAGAGAUGAUAUUGAAAACAUUGCCAGAGAGGUUGAGGGAAAAACUCCAGAAGAAGUCAUGGAAUAUUCUGCUGUAUUCUGGGAGCGCUGUAAUGAGCUGCAGGAUAUCGAGAAGAUCAUGGCCCAGAUAGAGAGAGGAGAGGCCAGGAUCCAGAGAAGAAUUAGCAUUAAGAAAGCACUGGAUUCAAAGAUUGGUCGCUACAAGGCUCCCUUCCAUCAGCUUCGUAUCUCCUAUGGCACCAACAAAGGCAAAAACUACACAGAGGAGGAGGACCGCUUCCUUAUCUGUAUGCUUCACAAGCUGGGCUUCGACAAGGAGAGUGUGUACGACGAGCUGCGUCAGUGCAUCCGCAACUCACCCCAGUUCCGCUUCGACUGGUUCCUCAAAUCCAGGACUGCCAUGGAGCUCCAGAGGCGAUGUAACACCUUGAUUACACUGAUAGAGAGAGAGAACAUGGAGCUGGAGGAGAGGGAGAAGGCUGAGAAAAAGAAACGGGGCCCAAAGAGUGGCUCAGCCCAGAAACGAAAGUCAGAGGGAACCCCUGAUGGUCGUGGACGCAGGAAAAAGCUCAAGUUGUGAAGCUGAUCGCAGUGUGAAUCUACUUCGUACAGUGUCAGAAUUUGAAAGCGGCAGCCAGCUCUGGUGUCAUUAGUCCUAGUGUCUGUCUGUUUUGCAGGCUGUGAUAAUGUACUGUGUGAAACCCUCUGAUGGACUGAUCUCUUGGUAUUAGUUUUAAGGAAGGGAUCUUUUACAAGCCUGCCUUGUUGUCACAUAGCUAAACACUGCAGCUGUGCUGGUUUAGUUUUUUGUUUGCUAGUUAAUUUUUUACUAGUACUAAAUUGAAAUAAAUGUAUUUAUGCCUGUUGGUUGUACCACAUUCCAUUGCUCGAAACAAUAUGUACCCUU